CMAUUGCAAAUCAAGCUUGUUUGCCUUUGGGAUACGAACAGCGGGAAGAAAACAAAACAAAACCAAGCGAAAUGGACGGAAUCAACGACGACGAAGACAACGGCAACUACGACGACACCAUCGUCGCAAUUGCGAUCGGCACCCACUCCGACAUGGACAUGGACGACGAUGGUUCCGAUAUCGAUGCGGCCCUAGAUGACAUGCUCGCAAACCCCGACGAGGUAGACCGCGAGGAAACCUGGCUUCGCCGUUGCGUCGGUGAUCUCCCGGACGAGAUGGGAGUUGACUCGCCUCGGUUUGCGAGCCUCCCCGCCGGCGUUCAGAUCAAGCUCGUUCUCGAGCUGAGGGAUCGCGAAAAGGCAACCCUCCUCGAAAACCUACGGGAGUGCGGAAGCAGGGUAGAAAAGCUCAAACAGCAGCUCUACGCAUCGGAGGACAGACGGAUGGAACUCGAGCACGACCUGGAUACGGAAAACCAGGAGAUCGCAGAAAUGAAGCGCGAAUUCCAGGGGAUGAAGGUGACGUUCAAUGCCCAUGUCAGCGAAACCCAGCGCAUCCGGAAGGAAUUGCUGGUACAGAGAGAUCGGUUGUCGCGAACGAUCGAASUACAAAAGCAACAGGAACAACCGACACAAGCUGUGGAAGAACAACAACAWUUGUCAUCCGCGGACUCUACUGGUGGUCCCGAUUCCAUUUCAGCCAUCGGUUUGCCGCAACUCAUCGACAAUCAAGGCGCAUCAAGAACCAAGAGUAAGAUCGCAMUUGAAUUCGAACGAAAACUUGAAACGAAUCCGCGGUACCGAGAAGAAUUUGAGCGAUUCAAAGAAUUUCAAGACUACUACCAGGAGAUGAAGCAGAACCUGGAUCCGAAGGAUGKCAAUACUAAGAAUCUAAAUGAAGACUACCGAAAGAUGCUUGAAUUUCAGCUCGGGUACGAACGAUUGCUUUUUACGAACAAUCAAACUACGUGAACUUUUCAAUGAAUAGAAGGUUGGUGCACUCAUUGCAUUGUCUAUACAAUAGAUUUCUGUAGUUGCU